AAAGCAGUAAAAAGCGGGUCGCCUCACACAAGCGGCUGCAGCUCGACUUGAACAUCCGACGGGUUUGGUUUUUUUUUUCCUCAUUAUUUCAUUUGGUUUCAGCUUGCUCCUUUAGAAGAGCAAAGAAGAAGAAGAGGGCAAAAAAAAAAAGCCUCCUUGGAUGUUCUUCCCCUUCCCGUGCCAUUCAUUUCCGCACCUGCUGCCGUAGAAGAGAACCGGAGGGGGGCGAGCGACAAGGGCACCGAGAGAGCCGGCAAAGGCGCACCGAGUGGCGGCCGGCCACCUCCUGAAGGACACACACACGCACACGCACACACACACACACACACACACACCUUCUCCCUCCUCCUCCCUCCCCCCCUCCCCACCCUGUUCAUCAACAUGCUGCUGUGGAUCAGAAUAGUCCUGGUCGCCGUCGUCUGCUCGUCCUUGGCCGUGUCACCCGGUAUGGGAUGCGGACCGGGCCGGGGCUAUGGCCGCAGGAGGCACCCCAAGAAGCUGACACCUCUCGCCUACAAGCAGUUCAUCCCCAACGUGGCCGAGAAGACCCUGGGGGCGAGCGGCCGCUACGAGGGCAAAAUCACGCGCAACUCGGAGCGAUUCAAAGAGCUCACGCCCAAUUACAACACGGACAUCAUCUUCAAGGAUGAGGAGAACACCGGCGCCGACCGGCUCAUGACUCAGCGGUGCAAAGACAAGCUGAACUCGCUGGCCAUCUCAGUGAUGAACCAGUGGCCCGGCGUCAAGCUGCGGGUCACCGAGGGCUGGGACGAGGACGGCCACCAUUUCGAGGAGUCCCUCCACUACGAGGGCCGGGCGGUGGACAUCACAACGUCGGACCGAGACAAGAGCAAGUACGGCACGCUGUCCAGGCUGGCGGUGGAGGCCGGCUUCGACUGGGUCUACUACGAAUCCAAAGCCCACAUUCACUGCUCGGUCAAAGCAGAAAACUCGGUGGCGGCCAAGUCCGGAGGCUGCUUCCCGGCUACCUCCACGGUGAGCCUCCAGGACGGUUCCACCAAGCCGGUCGAGGACCUCCAGAGCGGGGACAAGGUCCUGGCGGCGGACGCCAGCGGCAAGCUCCUCUUCACGGACUUCCUCACGUUCAUCGACCGAGACUCGAGCACGCGGCGUCUCUUCCACGUGGUGGAGACCGACGCCGGCCACCGGAUCACGCUGACCGCCGCGCAUCUCCUCUUCGUGGUCGACAACUCCACACGCGGAGCUUCGGCGGUGUUCGCCAGCCAGGUGCGGCCGGGUCAGGAGGUGCUGGUGCCGGACGGCGCGCGGCUCCGACCGGCAACCGUGGCGCGAAUUUCCACCGAGGUACACGUCGGCUCUUACGCGCCGGUGACCGCGCAGGGCACGCUGGUGGUGGACCGGGUGCUCGCUUCCUGCUACGCCGUGGUGAACAGCCACGAACUGGCGCACUGGGCCCUGGCGCCGCUCCGGCUCACCUACUGGCUGUCAUCGGUGCUCUCCUGCGCGCAGGCCCCGAACACUACGCACGAGGACGGCGUGCACUGGUACUCCAAAGUGCUCUAUCACUUGGCAACGUGGCUCUUGGACCCCCGCGCCUUGCAUCCACUCGGCGGCGGCGGGGGCGGCGGGGGCGGCGGCGGCGUGUCCAGCUGAAAGCAGACUUUUCCACACACAAAAACAUAAAUACAAGUCAAAAUAAACGUAGGACUCUUCAGUAGAUGAAAUAACGAUUAAAAGAGAAGGAAAAAAGAAGAAGAAGAAAAAAAAAAACUUCGACAAAGGCCCCAUGCAGUUGGAGUUGAUGAUGGGAUAUUUAUUAUUAUUGUUUCUGUGACUUUUCUAUAUGAUGACGACGACGACGCGCCCCCCCUUUCAAAGAACGAACGGAGCCUUAAAAAGAAAGAGAGAGAGAGAGAGAGAGAUAAAAACGUUUGAAUAAUUUAUUCUCACAUGAACUGAUGGCUGCGGUGAAAAGUGCAUAAUCUAUUUUUGUAAGUGUCCAAUGCAAAACCAACAAACAAGAAAAGAAAAAACAGAGUCAAUAAUAGCAAAGAGAAAGAAGAUGACGCUAACUCUUGACAGGUUGUAAUGUUCAUAUAUAUAUAUAUGUAUAUAUAUAUGUAUAUAUAUAUAUAUAUAUAUAUAUACGAGUAUGUGUGUGUGUUUGUGUGUGUGUGCGCGCCACUGACUGUUAUAUUUUGGGGGAAGAACAAACUUGCUGGGGUUCCAUAAAUUAUAUUUUUAUACACAGAAUUGUAAAUUAGAUUUUGACAGAUCGCUACCGAAUUUGAAAUAGUGUAAAGAUAUGAGAAUAUAUUUUAAUUUAAAUACAGUAGUAUUGGGGAAGUGUUGGAAGACUAAAAAAAAAACUUUUUGGGGGGGUUGUCAGAGAGGGGCAGAUAUUCUGCCUCGUGUCUGCAUUCUUUAUUUUGUGUUGCAACCAUUUUUGUUUUUAUUCUUAUCAUGUUCGUUUUCCUUGGUGGAAAAAGAACCAUUAAAUGCAGAUUCUGACAAUUCGGUAACAGUUACAAGUCGUACUGUUUCAUUGAAUAAAUUCAUAAGUAACUCAUGUACAUGUACUAAAAUGUAGUUUGAUUAUUUUCCACCAUAUUUUCAAUAGUGAUCAUAGGGAAAUAGUUUUCUACCGAUGGUGUGUGUGUGUGCAUAUAUAUAUAUAUAUAUAUAAAUAUAUGCGCGCGCACACACACACACACACAUAUAUAUAUAUAUAUAUAUAUAGACAGCGCAUACAACUUUGAUGACAGGGCAAUGUGUUGACAACAAAUAUCUAGAGUUUAUUAUUUAUA